UAUAUAACUUGUGGUUCACACAUAAGACAAAUCCGUGCCAGUUCAUUACAGGGAUGUUCAUGUGUUGAUUGUGUUCAUCGACGCUCCAGAAGAUGAAGUGUUCAUAUGGAAUAAAGUUCACAUGGAUUACGGCGUGUUUUCUUGUAUUCCAGCUAGUCAGCACCGUCUUGCCUGAAGUUGUAGUUCCUAUUGUCAGGAAAACCCCGUUGUUCAGAGCACCAACCAUGAACAAUACAAACCCCAACGCCCCGCCUUUUAUGAACGCUCCUCCCAUCAUGAACCCGCCUCCGUUCAUGAACCCGCCUCCGUUUAUGCUGCCUCCGAAUAUGAACGAUCCUUUUCUCAACGGCCCAAAUCAGAUGCCUCCAUUCAUGAACCCUCCUCCAUUCAUGAACCCUCCUCCGUUUUUCAACCCGAUGGAUCCAAAUGCUCCUCCUUUCAUAAACCCUCCCUCUCUCAUGAACGCCCCUCCUUUUAUAAACGCCCCGUUCAUGAACGCCCCGUUCCCGAACUCCCCAAACGGGCCAUUUCCCAUGGUUCCUGUACCCCCACCCCCACAAACGACCCUCACACCUGUCGUCCUCAAGAGAAUCCCAUUCCCCAGCACGUCCCCAAGUAUGGCCGCCAUCCCACGGUCACCCUCAAACAACCCACCCUCCCCUAGAUCUCCUUCCAGAACUUUCGACACCAUAGACACCGCCAUCCUCCUCUCCCCGGGAAAACCCGACCCCGCCCCUAGAACCACCACCAGGAAAGCCACCCCAGCGCCAGUCUUUGACGACCCAGCCUUUGACGAGCCAGUCACCUUAGCUCCGAGAGCUCAGCCGCCCAGAGCUCAGGCGCCCAGAGCUCAGCCUACAGCAGCGCCGCCAAUGGACGACACCGAGGACGAGGAUUUGAACUUGGACGGUGUGGCCGAGGACGAACCUGAGGUCAUUGACCCCAUGGCUGACCGGCCUAUCAUGAACACGGCACCAACCCUCCUGCAGGAUACCGACUCUACCUCCACGACCACCCAGGCUCCAGGGGGCUUCUUGUAUGACGGCAAAUGUCACUUGCUGAGGCUGUUCUGCGACUUUCUCGGCAAGUGCCGGCGCCGUUGUGUGAAGCGAGGGUACCAGAACGGUCAAUGUAGCGUGGACGGCCCCAACUGUAACGAUAGCAAGCCCUACCAGUGCAAGUGUACGCCAAAACAGUAGGCCAGUGGCCAGGGAGUCAAGGGCCAAGUGGCCCGUGAGUCAAGGGCCAUGUAGCUGGGGUACAGUGUUCAAGUGGCGUAAUGUUUCAAAUUUGGUCAAAACAAAUCAAAAAAGUUAAAACAAGUCUAAAUAAGUCUAUGCCCAGCACAAAGAUUCGACUUUUAAUCAGUUGUUUGUUGUUUUGUUUUCAUAUUUUUGAGGCUAUUUCGAUCCCCAAUAUAAUGGGAUUAAUCAAUCAAUAGAAAUAAACUCAUAGAGUCGUGGUGUUAAUUAAUAUUUGAUUCUUUAAUUAAAUGUUUUAAUUGCUAUA